AUGCCCCCACGGGAUGAGCUCCGGUUGCGCCUCUACGCGGACUUUAUGUCUCAACCUUCCAGGGCUGUCAUAAUAUUUAGCAGAUGUAAUAAGCUGCCGGUGGAGGUGCAGCCGGUGCUGAUCCACAAGGGUGAGACUCGCUCCCCCGCUUACCUGGAACGGAACCCUCUGGGCAAGGUACCCCUGCUGGAAGACCCCGGAGCCGCUUGCAGCGCCACGGAGACGUCGGCCGGGGACGGAUGCUUCCGGUUACCGGAGAGCGCUGCCAUAAUGUCCUACCUAUCGUUUAAGUUCCCGGAGCUGGUUCCGGAGCAUUGGUAUCCGCGGUCAGAUCCGGUGCGAAGGGCAUUGGUCGACUCGGCACUGCACUGGUAUCAAGGCAACAUCCGCGCGGGCGCCAUGCGGUUGUCCUUUCAUAAGGUAAUCGCCAGGAGGCUGGGGCAGCAGGGCGACGAGCGGGUCGCGGCAGACGGCCUUAAGACGCUGCAGGUGGCGCUAUCUGGCCUGCAGAGCUAUUGGCUGUCUGGGGGCGCCCGCCCCUUCAUGACGGGGACCCAGCCCAGCGCCGCGGACCUCCUUUGUGCCUGUGAGUUGGAGCAGCUAAUCAUGCUCAGAACUCCAGAUCAUGGGACCUGCCUGGGCGAGAUCAUGGCUCCGUACCCUGUCGUACAGGCCUGGCGCCAAAGGGUCCGUGAUGCCUGCGAGCCGCACUACAGCGAUGUGCAUACCGUACUCUUGAAAGCAGCGGGUGUUGUCCUGCAGCCCGCCAAACUGUAA